GGUUAUAACGUAUAAAAAAUGGCGAAAGCAGAAAUCCUUGAAAAUGAAAAAAAGAGUACCUCACUCUUGCCUUGACGGAGUGUGGAACAGAAGUUCUGUGUAAACUGUUACUGGAGAAAGUUAAAGAGCUUACGCCAAAGGAUCACCCAUCAAUGCCAUGGUCAUUAGACGAGUUCUUGCAUUAUAAAAAGAAAGACAUUUUGUCAGCUAUUGUCAAAGACAAAAACAGAAGCAAAGAAAAUAUUCUCUAUCCUUAUAGAAGGGACACUGAUUUGGAGGAAUGGGACAUCUCUUUGUGUGUUCACGUUAUCCUUACUGCAUGCGACCUAGAUGCAAAUAAUCAAUUACACAGACAACUGAAAGAAGACAUUUGUAAUCUUCGAGAUGUUAGGAAUAAAAUUGCUCACAAGGGAACUUAUAAAUUGACAGAAACAAUUUAUAAGUAUUACUUUGGGCGCAUACAAGGUUCCGUCCGUCGUAUUUGUAUAAAUAUGCACGGACCGACUUUAGAAGACUACUUUCUAACGAAACUCAAAAAAUAUGACGGUCUGGGUCAUGUAUACGUAAAUGGGCUGAUUAAAGACAAUACUAAAACCGUAGAGGUCAUAGACGAAGGUGAUGGUACAGUUGAAAGCGGAUUGCAGCAAAUAAAGUCCAUCACACAACAAAAGGGCCUUACAGUAAAUAUACCAGUUUUGGAUGUUAUGCUGAUGUUUCGAAACUACAACAAGGAUGACGAACAUGCUGUGUCCGAAAGGCUGCAUCAGCUAUUUUCAGAGGCAUUAGAGAAAAAGAACAUCUUUGAAAUAGAUGAUGAAAAUCAAUGUGUGGAUUUCCAGUCGAAAUUGAGAAACGAAGUGUUGUCACUUGUUCGGAAACUGUUCCAAGAGAAGAGAAACAUAGCAAAAGUAAGCACUGGCUGCCUGGUUCUGACAAUUCAGUGUCCAGAUUUAGACAGUGUUAUAUCCUUCAUUCAAGACAGCAUUUCGGGAAGGCUGACGGACUUAUUUUCGUCUUUGGAAGAGGUCAUGAGAACUGAUCCAUCAAACGAAAGUUUUGAUGUUUAUGCUGGCAUUACAAAGCAAAGCUGUUGGAGUCUCCUGAACACACUUGUAAGUAUUUGA